AUGCUUGACACCGUGACUGCGGUGGUGAGGUCUGCGCAAUACAAUGGCAGCGUAUUGCCUACUACCUCAGUGGAGAACACAUCAGCAACCCCAACUUGGGGACCAGAGCCUCACAGAUGUCUGCAGGUCCUAUACGAGGACAUUGGCGAGUUAAGGUAAGCCAGAUAGGACUGUGUUGUUCCUGUCACUAUAAUUGUACAUAUUUUCAACGUACUGCAUUACCUCAAUGCUACAAUUUGAAACAUGUUAAGACAAGAGGUGUCAUCUCAGGUGUGACAUUCACAUUGCUGGAACUGUUGUUCUGUAUUUAAUGUGGUUAUAAAGACUGGUGUAGUGAAGGAAGAACAGCACUUACUCUUUUGAAAUAACGACCAUAUACACUGAGUGUACAAAACAUUACACUGAGUUUCCAUGACAUAGACUGACCAAGUAAAUCCAGGUGAAAGCUAUGAUCCCUUAUUGAUGUCACCUGUCAAAUAUACUUCAAUCAGUGUAGAUGAAGGGGAGGAGACGGGUUAAUGGACUGUUAAGCCUUGAGACAAUUGAGACAUGGAUUGCGUAUGUGUGCCAUUCAGCGAGUGAAUGGGCAAGAAAACAUAUUUAAUUGCCUUAGAAUGGGUUAUGGUAGUAGGUGCCAGGCGCACCGGUUUGUGUCAAGAACUGCAACACUGCUGGGUUUUUCACACUCAACAGUUUCCUGUGUGUAUCAAGAAUGGUCCACCACCCAAAGUUGUUGUCAACAUGGGCCAGCAUCCCUGUGGAACACUUUCGACACCUUGUAGAGUCCAUGCCCCGACAAAUUGAGGUUGUCUAAGGGCAAAAAGGGGUGCAACUCAAUAUUAGGACGGUGUUCCUAAUGUUUUGAACACUCAGUGUAAAAUGCACAGCAGGUGACAGGGUUUGGAUUGGUCUAAAACAAGGGUUUCACAGCACAAGCUGCCAAUACAUUUUCACAUCUCCUCCUCAUGUGCUGUUGUCUAUUUCUCUCUCCCCAUCAGAGUGCGGUUUUGGGACCUCAUGCUGCUCAUUCCCAAUGUAGUCUUCUUCAUGUUCUUGAUGUGGAAGCUGCCCUCAGCCAGGGCCAAAAUCACACUCACCUCCAGCCCCAUCUUCAUUACCUUCUACAUUCUGGUAGGUAACCACUUAUAUCCAAGCUCUGGAAGUAGGACUUGUGCAGAUGAGCAGUGUAUACACACAAAAAGUAGGCUCUUGCUAAUUUUUUAAGGCUAAUUACCUGUAGUUUGACAGCUCUCUGACAUGCUUGAAAUGCUAAAUAUAGAAUUUAGCAAAAAUAAAGUAAUAACAUAGCGGGUUAACUGGAUUCAUAUUGAUUCGUUUCACAAUAUCAGAUGGUAAUUGCUAUCUCAAACAUGGCUCUUGAGAAAUUGGUUUUCUACCCUACACAGACAUGAACACAAUGAGACUGACAGAUAUGGAUACGGACGAACCUGUUGGCCCCCCCCCCCCUGCCCACAACCCCUCUUUUAAUGGAUGUCUGACCCUUGUCCUCCCAGGUGUUUGUGGUGGCAGCGGUGGGAAUCACCCGUGCCAUAGUGUCCAUGACGGUCAGUGCAUCCAGUGCUGCCACCAUCAUUGACAAGGUAAGGCCACAUGUGGGUCAUAAAUGGUGACACACUAUGAACCACCUGUGCUCAUGGUAUUUACAGUGCCUUCUAUCCCACUUGUAGUGUGUUAUAGACUUAUCAUCAUUCAUAACAGCUCAAGGCUCUUUGCAACAGCCCUUGUAGAUGCAAAAAUACUUUGGAUUUGUAAUGCACUACACCCAGAUGAAUGUUAUAUGGCGGUAGAUCAUUAGUGAAUGAGAGAGUGUCCCCAGCUUCAGCCCAUCUUGCGUAAAAAGGGAAAAGGGGUACCCUGGGGGACUUAGGAAUCCAGAAAAGCAUAAUAACCCAGGACACUUCACAAGAUGAUUAUCUGAAAACACAAAGAGAGCAUGAUCAGGACAAACACGGCAGAUAUCUGAGUGCUUCUUUAUUUUCUGAGAUAGUCAUCUUGUAAAGUGUCCUGGGGUAAAACGUAUUUUAUAGGUUGCUGUGAUAGAAAGGAUAGAAGGAAAAGGGGGAUACCUAGUCAGUUGUACAACUGAAUACAUUCAACUGAAAUGUGUCUUCCGCAUUUAACCCAACCGUCUAAAUCAGACAUCCACGUCUUCGGCGCCCGGGGAACAGUGGGUUAACUGCCUUGCUCAGGGGCAGAAUGACAGAUUUUUACCUUGUCAGCUCGGGGAUUCGAUCCAGCAACCUUUCAGUUACUGUUUCAACGCUCCUACCCGCUAGGCUACCUGCCGACCUGCACACUUUUGAGAAUGUGGAUAAAUCCAAAACAGAGGCUAAAAUGCAAAAAUAAAAAUAAUUUAUUAGGACCUCAAGAUGCCCAAAAAGUGCAUGGUGCAGAAAAGUGCAUAUAUAAAAUGUAAAAAUGACACUGAUCUGAGAAGAGCGGAUAAGUGAAAGAGAAGUGCAGAUGAAGGAAAGGUGAAGAGGAGCAGAGGCUUUUUGAGACUACUGACAUUUACCUCUUCUCAAUGUCAAAUCAAAUGUUAUGUCACAUGCGCCGAAUACAACAGGUGUAGACCUUACAGUGAAAUACUUACUUACAAGCCUUUAACCAACAAUGCAGUUCAAGAAAUACAGUAAAAAAUAAAAAGUAACACAAUAAAAUGACAUAACAAUAACGAGGCUAUAUACAGGGGGUACCGGUACAGAGUCAAUGUGUGGGGUACAGGAUAGUCAAGGUAAUUUGUACAUAUGGUAGGGGUAAAGUGACUAUGCAUAGAUAAUAAUGUUGUUUCUCCUUUAGGUGCUGUGGGAGAUCACCCGUUUCUUUCUGCUGGCCAUUGAGCUCAGUGUGAUUAUCCUGGGACUGGCUUUCGGUAGGUCUUCUAAUAACCACCACAGUAUUUUGAUUCAUAACGCCAUCUCCUGUAACUCAAAGCCAUUAUGCAGUAGCCUGAUCCCAGAAUCUGCUUGUGCUAUCAUGUCAACCCCUUGAUAGCAGAAACAGACUGGCACCCAUGCUAAUUGUAAAGGAUUUACAUUUUACAUUUUAGUCAUUUAGCAGACACUCUUAUCCAGAGCGACUUACAGUUAGGGAGUGCAUAAAUUUUUUCAUACUGGCCCCCCGUGGGAAUCGAACCCACAACACCAUGCUCUACCAACUGAGCUACACAGGAUUUGAAAACAAACGCUACCAAGCACAUGCUGAAUUUGUUAGGACAAUAUGGAGAAGUACAUUACUGAUGUGUGUGUCAGGACGGGGUAGUAAAAAAACAGCACAUUAGUUAAACUAAUUUGCAAUGUACAGUCAAAAUUUGUAAUGAUCUGCAAACCUAAAACAAGACAAUUUCCUGUCGGCCGGUCUCACUUGGUCACCUCAACUGGUAUGACUACAGUCACACAUGUACUCAUAUAGUCAUGCACUGUAUAAACCGAGGUGGAUAUAUGAGUUGUUUAAACUUAAUGUGUUCCUAGAGGAGGGUGGGAUUAGGGUCUUUAUAGACAGUGUAAACAGUAAAGCUGUAUGCACCUGUUAGCAUAGCCAGGGGUGUGAGCAGGACAACAGAUUUGUUUUAUGUAUUAUUGUUUAAUCAGGAAAAAUCACAUCCCUGAUUAUUACUACAGCAUUAAAAAUUCUACUGUUUUUAUUUUAAUUGGCAUGGUGGAAUCAUUGUCAUAUGACAUUUAUUUUGUGUUCGUUCCCAUUAUUAAAGACCGACACUUUCAACUCCUUAGUGGUGCUGUUGAAUGCAUGACGUCUAAGCCCCUUCUAAGCGUUUCCUCUGUUGACAGGCCACCUUGAGAGUCAGUCCAGUAUAAAGCGUGUGCUGGCUAUAACUGCUGUACUGGCACUGGGCUACUCAAUCACACAGGUAAGACUAGAGUCCUGAAUGCUGAUUUUAGUUUGACUAUGUUUUACAUUUUACUAUGUUGUGCCCUACAGAGCAAGACCCUGGUGUUAGAAGCACCAUGCCCCAACCAGCUCAACCAAUCACAGCUCCACAGAUACCUCGUUUUCUCUUAACCAGGCCUAUUCCCCUUCCCCCCUCAGGGCACUCUGGAGAUCCUGUACCCUGACGAGCACCUGUCUGCCGAGGACUUCAACAUCUAUGGCCACGGAGGACGGCAGUUUUGGUUGGCCAGCUCCUCCUUCUUCUUCCUGGUGAGCGGCCAAUGGCUGCAAAGCAAAUGCAGUGCUUUAAAUUUUUUACAAUCUUAUUAAUGUAAUUGUAUAAAAUAUAAAGUUAUCAUAUGAGAGGUUUUUAAUCACUCGUAUGUUUUGAGAAAGAGUAGAAUUGAAUAUGUGUGUCCCACACAUUUGGACAUGCAAUUUAACCAUCUCAUAGUUUAGAUUGGAAUGAAAAUAAGUACCAAUGGAUCAACCAUUGUAAACAAAAAAGCACUAAUUGAAUAAACUGUUUGAGAAUAAAAAAGGUUAAUACUGGUCCUUUUCCUUCCAGGGCUACUCUUUGGUUGUCAUCCUUCCCAAAACCCCAGUGAGGGAGAGGAUAUCCCUGCCUUGUGAGUCAUAGGCAUUAAUAUGGCGUUGGUCCCCCCUUUGCUGCUACAACAGCCUUCACUCUUCUGGGAAAGCUUUCAACUAGAUGUUGGAACAUUGCUGCGGGGACUUGCUUCCAUUCAGCCACAAGAUCAUUAGUGAGGUUGGGCACUGAUGUUGGGCGAUUAGGCCUGGCUCGCAGUUGGCGUUCCAAUUCAUCCCAAAGGUGUUCGAUGGGGUUUAGGUCAGGGCUCUCUGCAGGCCAGUCAAGUUCUUCCACACCGAUCUCGACAAACCAUUUCUGUAGGGACCUCGCUUUGUGCACGGGGGCAUUGUCAUGCUGGAACUGGAAGGGCUUUCCCCAAACUGUUGCCACAAAGUUGGAAGCACAGAAUUGUCUAGAAUGUAAUUGUAUGCUCUAGCAUUAAGAUUUCCCUUCACUGGAACUAAGGGGCCUAGCCCGAACCAUGAAAAACAGCCCCAGACCAUUAUUCCUUCUUCCACCAAACUUUACAGUUAGCACUAUGCAUUGGGGCAAGUAGUGUUCUCUUGGCAUCUGCCAAACCCAGAUUUGUUAAUCGGGACUGCCAGGUGGUGAAGAGUGAUUAAUUACUCCAGAGAACGCGUUUCCACUGCUCCAGAGUCCAAUGGCGGCGAGCUUUACACCACUCCAGCCGAUGCUUGGCAUUGCACAUGGUGAUCUUAGGCUUGUGUGACUGCUCGGCCAUGGAAACCCAUUUCAUGAAGCUCCCGGCAAACAGUUAUUGUGCUGACGUUGCUUCCAGAGGCAGUUUGGAACUCGGUAGUGAGUGUUGCAACUGAAGACAGACGAUUUUUACGCGCAACGAGCUUCAGCACUUGGCGGUCCCAUUCUGUGAGCUUGUGUGGCCUACCACUCCUUUUCCACUUCACAAUAACAGCACUUACAGUUGACCGGGGCAGCUCUAGCAAGGCAGACAUUUGACGAACUGACUUGUUGGAAAGGUGGCAUCCUAUGACGGUGCCACGUUGAAAGUCACUGAGCUCUCCAGUAAGGCCAUUCUACUGCCAAUAUUUGUCUAUGGAGAUUGCAUGGCUGUGUGCUCGAUUUUAUACACCUGUCAGUAACGGGUGUGGCUGAAAUAGCCAAAUCCACUAAUUUGAAGGGGUAUCCACAUACUUUUGGCAAUGUAGUGUACUGAUGUCAGAGGGCUUUUUUCAGGGUCCUUUCCUCAUCUACCACAGUUAGUUUUUUUUACUAUCCCUCAUGUUAAUGAUUAGCUGGAGAGUGGCCUUGUGUUCUAUACAGCUGUCAACAUUCUACAAGGAAAGAACCACAUAAUCAACAUUGUAUAAUCAUUAACCAGAUAACCCUGGAUUCCAGACUUAGAUGAGUGAUAACUCAGUUCUAGAAUGUUGUCAUUGAGAAUUAAUCUAAAAAUCUAUUCACAUUCAGAUUUUUUAAAUUGAUUGUUUAGCCUCCCAGAGACAAAUGUUUUUAGGAGUGGUCUUUCAUAGUUCAGCAGCAGUAGAUACUAUAGCUGCAGAGGUCAAAUUAAAUUGUAUUUGUCACAUGCGUCAAAUACAACAGGUGUAGACCUUACCGUGAAAUGCUUACUUACAAGCCCUUACCAACAAUGCAGUUUUAAGAAAAAUAAGAGUUAAGAAAAAUAUGUACAAAAUUAGCUAAAGUAAAAAAUUAAAGAGCAACAAAAUAACAAUAACGAGGCUAAAUACAGGGGGUACCGAGUCAAUGUACAGGUUAGUCAAGAUAAUUGAGGUAAUUUGUACAUGUAGGUAGGGGUAAAGUGACUAUGCAUAGAUAAUAAACAGUGAGUAGCAGCAGGGUAAAAAAAGGGGGAGGGGGUCAAUGCAAAUAGUCUGGGUAGCCAUUUGAUUAGCUGUUCUGCAGUCUUAUGUCUUGGGGGUAGAAGCUGUUAAGAAGCCUUUUGGAGCUUGGCCCCAGUGAUGUACUGGGCCAUACGCACUACCCUCUAUAGCGCCUUGCGGUCGGAGGCCGAGCAGUUGCCAAACCAGGCGGUGAUGCAACCAGUCAGGAUGCUCUUGAUGGUGCAGCUGUAGAACAUUUGGAGGAUCUGAGGACCCAUGCCAAAUCUUUUCAGUCUCCUGAGGGGGAAUAGGCGUUGUCGUGCCCUCUUCACGACUGUCUUGGUGUGUUUGGACCAUGAUAGUUUGUUGGUGAUGUGGACACCAAGGAACUUGAAGCUCUCAACCUGCUCCACUACAGCCCCGUCGAUGAGAAUGGGGGCGUGCUCGGCACUCCUUUUGCUGUAGUCCACGAUCAUCUCCUUUGUCUUGAUCACGUUGAGGGAGGGGCUGUUGUCCUGGCACCACACUGCCAGGUCUCUGACCUCCUCCCUAUCGGCUGUCUCAUCGUUGUCGGUGAUCAGGCCUACCACCGCUGUGUCGUCGGCAAACUUAAUGAUGGUGUUGGAGUCGUGCUUGGCCACGCAGUCGUGGGUGAACAGGGAGUACAGGAAGGGGCUAAGCACACACCCCUGAGGGGCCCCUGUGUUGAGGAUCAGCGUGGCAGAUAUGUUGUUGCCUACCCUUACCACCUUGGGGCGGCCCGUCAGGAAGUCCAGGAUCCAGAUGCAGAGGGAGGUGUUUAGUCCCAGGGUCCUUAGCUUAGUGAUGAGCUUUGAGGGCACUAUGGUGUUGAACGCUGAGCUGUAGUCAGUGAACAGCAUUCUCACGUAGGUGUUCCUUUUGUCCAGGUGGGAAAGGGCAGUGUGGAGUGUAAUAGAGAUUGUGUCAUCUGAGGAUCUGUUGGGGCGGUAUGCAAAUUGGAGUGGGUCUAAGGUUUCUAGGAUGAUGGUGUUGUGAGCCAUGACCAGCCUUUCAAAGCACUUCAUGGCUACAGACGUGAGUGCUAUGGGUCGGUAGUCAUUUAGGCAGGUUACCUUGUUGUUCUUGGGAUGGAUGGUAGAGGUGGGUUACCCACUCGCUGACCUGCGUCCCCUGUAUCUGCGUCUUCUCUUCAUGCGAAUGACGGGGAUUUUGGCCUGGUCAGGUAUCUUGAGUAAAUCCUUUGCAUCCGACUUGUUAAAUAAAACAUCUUUGUCUAGUUCGAUGUGAGUAAUCGCUGUUCUGAUAUCCAGAAGCUCUUUUCGGGCAUAAGAGACGGUGGCAGAAACAUUAUGUACAAAAGAAAUUACAAACAACGUGAAAAAACACACAAAAUAGCACAGUUUGUUAGGAGCCUGUAAAACGGCAGCCAUCUCCUCCGGUGCCAUUCUUAACCUGCAUACUCCUUGUUUCAUCUUGGUCCUCUCCCUCCACAGCUAAGAAGAGUUUCUAUGUGUACGCUGCCAUUCUGUCCCUGCUCAACCUGGUCCAGGGGCUGGGCAGUGCCCUGCUGUGUGCCGGCAUCAUAGAGGGGAUCUGGUGAGUGGCUGCUUCUGUGUGUAGAAAAAAAGAUAGAAAACAUUCCAUUGGCUUUGUACGUGUUGGAGAUUCAAGAAUAUGUUAAGCAAUCCUAAUGAAGAUCAAAACACGGUUGAAAACAUUCCUAUCAAUCGCACUUGGGAGCAUUGAUCGCAGCGCGUAGUCCCCUGUUUCUUCUAGGUCUGUGUUUAAUCAAUCAACUGUAGCCUAACUGCAAAGCAAUGGAUUUAUCAAGGUUUUUAUCUGCUGACCUAAUGUUAUGACAGUGUUACAUAGACCUUAUAGCUGAGGGACUAAGUAAAAAUGUCCAAUCUUUUUUGUAUUAUUCCUUCGGACAUAUCUGAAAUUCACUUUCCUCUCAAAGCAGAGCAGCUUGUGUUGGGAGUGUCCAUGUUCUGAUGUUUUCUGUGUAGCCUAACUGAAGCCUAGUGUUAUUCUGGUGCCGGCCUAUGGAGCUCUUUAGUCACUGCUGCCGCCUAGGGUCCUUCAGUAGCCUCCAACUGCUCUUAAACACUAGUAAAACUAAAUGCAUGCUCUUCAAUCGAACGCUGCUGGCACCCGCCCACCCGACUAGAAUCACCACUCUCGACGGGUCUGACCUAGAGUAUGUGGACAACUACAAAUACCUAGGUGUCUGGUUAGACUGUAAACUCUCCUUCCAGACUCACAUUAAGAAUCUCCAAUCCAAAGUUAAAUCUAGAAUCGGCUUCCUAUUUCGCAACAAAGCCUCCUUCACUCAUGCUGCCAAACAUGCCCUCGUAAAACUGACUAUCCUACCGAUCCUUGACUUCGGCGAUGUCAUUUACAAAAUAGCCUCCAACACUCUACUCAGCAAAUUGGAUGUAGUCUAUCACAGUGCCAUCCGUUUUGUCUCCAAAGCCCCAUACACUACCCACCACUGUGACCUGUACGCUCUUGUUGGCUGGUCCUCACUACAUGUUCGUCGUCAAACCCACUGGCUCCAGGCCAUCUAUAAAUCACUGCUAGGCAAAUCCCCGCCUUAACUUAGCUCAUUGGUCACCAUAGCAGCACCCACCCGUAGUCUGCGCUCCAGCAGGUAUAUCUCACUGGUCAUUCCCAAAGCCAACACCUCCUUUGGCCGCCAUUCCUUCCAGUUCUCUGCUGCCAAUGACUGGAACGAAUUGCAAAAAUCUCUGAAGCUGGAGACUCUUAUCUCCCUCACUAACUUUAAGCAUCAGUUGUCAGAGCACCUUACCGAUCACUGCACCUGUACACAGCCCAUCUGAAAUUAGCCCACCCAACUACCUCAUCCCUAUAUUGUUAUUUAUUUUGCUCUUUUGCACCCCAGUAUCUCUAUUUGCACAUAAUCUCUUGCACAUCUAGCAUUCCAGUGUUAAUACUAAUUGUAAUUAUUUUGCACUAUAGCCUAUUUAUUGCCUUACCUCCAUAACUUGCUACAUUUGCACACACUGUAUAUAUAUUUUCUGUUUUAUUUUUUGACUUUAUGUUUUUUUACCCCAUAUGUAACUCUGUGUUGUUGUUUUUAUCGCACUACUAUGCUUUAUCUUGGCCAGGUCGCAGUUGUAAAUGAGAACUUGUUCUCAACUGGCUUACCUGGUUAAAGAAAAAUAAAUAAUUAACAGUCAGUUCCCUUUUAAAGUCUGAUGUGUUUCUGUGUGAUUGGAACAGCUGUGUGGACGUCACCACCUUCCUCUACUUCUCUGUGUUCGCCCCACUCAUCUAUGUCACCUUCCUCAAAGGCUUCUUCGGGUACGUAGGUCAAAGGCCAAAAACUAUGGCUUUGUCUGAAAAUGUUACUUGAUGUCAUAUCCUUGCUUCCUCUGUCCUUUUUCCCCCCUCUCAAUUCCUCUCAAGGCUCAUUGGAGGAGGGGUUCAAAGGAGGGAUCUUAGAUCCUCUGCGCCAAUGAGCUUUGAGAUGAAUUGAGGAAAGAAGGAUGGAGGACACAGGCAAUGUUCCCGACUGCAUGAUUCAUGUUUGGUUGCUUUUUACUGCGAUACAUUCUCUCUCCUGUCUUUUCUCUUUCUCACUCUCAUUUUCUCUCCUUGCCCCUCUCUCUUUCUACCAUCUCUCUCUUUCUACCAUCUCUCUCUCUCUCUACCAUCUCUCUUAAUCCUUCUCUCCUCCUUCCUCCAGCUCGGAGCCCAAGGUCCUCUUCUCCUACAAGUGCCAGGUGGACGAGCCGGACGACCAGACGGAUGUCCACCUGCCCCCCGCCUCAGGCCUGGGCCGCAAGGAGCAGCUGGAACAGGGCUCCUUCUACUCCAGCACCCAGAUAGACGGCCUGACUGCCGUGUCCAUGGGCACCGGCAUAGCUGCCUACCUGGACGACGUGGCCUCUGGUCCUUUCGGGGCAGGCAGCAUCAACAGCGACUGCUGGAGGGCAAUCAACGCCUAA